AUGGCCGGUAAUAUACAUUCAUUGGGAAACACCACACCUAGAAAUGGUAAUGGACCUUCCUCAGAAGGACCAGCAACGUUCUCUUCUUUCUGGUACAGUGUGCCACCUGUUUCAAGAUGGUUGGUUACGUGCUGUAUAACAGUGAAUACGUUAUGUCACUUGCACCUGAUUGGUUAUCAACACUUCGCGUUUACUUGGUUUCAAACGUUUCAAAGGUUGCAGAUAUGGAGAAUGCUGUUCUCUUCACUAAUCCUGCCUGCAAACUUGAUGCCUGCAUUGAUGGAAGGUUACAACCUUUACGUUAGAAGCACUGAGUUGGAGCAAGGGUUCUACUAUAGCUCAAAGAGAAUAAGUCUAAGCUCGCACAAUUUCGCCUUUUAUCUGUUCUCAUGUCUGGUGGUAAUGACCACAAUAGCUGGCUUCUUAUUCGGCACUAUGGUUCCUCUAUACUUGACGUCUGCAUUCACUGCAUGCCUGACGUACACAUGGUCUCUGUACAAUACUGAUAAGAAGGUCAUGUUCUAUGGACUAAUACCAGUAUGGGGUCGUUACUUCCCAGUCUUACAACUAUUCACAGGGUUUGUGUUGGGUUCAAGAUUUGAUUUCUACUUGUCUUUGAUCGGUAUUAUAGCGGCAUACAUUUACAAUUGUGUUGACACCUGGACGUUAGGUCCACUAUAUGGACUACUAAUCAAGACCAAUGUGGCCAACUAUGGAUACGAGCCAAGAGGAAAAGUGCAAGCACCAGGUUGGUUCAUCAAGAUUUAUAACUUAUUCAGUGGUGAGACCACACCAUCAAUUGUGACUGAUGGUAAUAUACUAAAAAGCACGGGAAUAAGUUCGAUCCUGAAGACAGGUGGACAAAGAUUAGGUACAAGAACAGAAGGUGAUAACCCAUCACCUUCAUUGGCUGGCCAGUCUGCCUCAAUUAGGUCUUCUUCUUCAGUGAGGACUUCUGGUGCUUCAAGAACCCAGACAAGUAUGGGAUCCAGAAUGUUCCCAGGAAAGGGCAAGAGGGUUGGAGAUGACUAG